AUUUCAAGUCGCACCAGUCACAUGGCUUCCCUCUUGACCCAAAACCGAGCAGCAACUCCAGGUGUUCUUGCAGAGAGCCAGGAGAUGUACGGGAGUUCAGGGCAAGGCUGGCGCUCCGAGAGGCCAUGGAAAGCCUUAUGUCCAACUGGCACGAUGCUGCAGCGCCACAUGGCCCAUGUGCAGCAGGAUGGAAAGGUGACCGCCACCGGCCAGCAGCUCUGCAUGGUCAUGGCGGCUGUGUAUUGCCUCGCGCUGGUACGCGACUCUUGGGCCAGAGACCCCGCAAUGACCUGGGGGAUUUUUCUCGAGCGCAUGCAGGAGAUUCUGGAGCAUUCGCUUCCCCCCAAGAUGGCCACUGCGGAGUGGCAGACGUUGAGCCAAUGGUGCGCUGCACAGCCAGAUGCCUCGCUGUGUGCUAUGGCGGACGCUGCGCUGAAUGUGUACAUCUCACCCAGUCCCAAGCACGUCGUUGAGCUUGCGGUAAUAUUGGACCACUUGAAGUAAUUGGGACAUCUUGCAUGCGCAGCUUUGAAGCGUAAUUUGGUAUCUCGAGUGAACGGGAGUUGCAUGCCAUUCAAACCGGGUGUGAGACAGGACAGACCUGUGCGUUCGAAAUGGGGCCACUGCCUUUCUAUAGCUCUCGGGUCUGGGCACUUUUGGACCAAAGGGGUCCACGAUCGCUCCAGCCCCAGAGAAGUGGGCUGCCUUGUUCCGCACCUGUCACCUCUUGCGCGGACCGGAUGGAUUGGAGCAUAGUAGGUGCAAUUCUUCUGGCUGAUCCCCAGUGUUCCAGUCCUUCCGAUUCAAUCACAGCAACGGCUGUUCAGCCACUCUUAAACUCUUAAGUUGCAUGCACCGAGUCCGAGCAUGGCGAUCCGC